AUGGAUGAUAGUAUUAACAUUCAAUACUUUUAUCUCGGAUUUACCGGUGUAUUAUUUUUAUUUGGAGCUUUCACAAAUCUCUGUUCGUUUUGUACUUUUAUCAGACCAAAACCGCGUAAAUUGAGUGUUGGCAAUUAUCUUCUAAUAGUUUCUAUUCUCAAUACAUGUGCUAUAUUUUGUCUAUUCAUUGAAUUAAUACAAUCAUUAGGAUUCACAAGUGAUGUAUCAUGUAAAAUAAGCAAUUACCUUUUAUCUGUAUUUACUCGAUGUACGUAUUGGUUAACGACAUGGAUUACGAUAGAUCGCCUUCGUACUUCUCUGUCUCCUAUGAAUACGACUCUAAAGAAUCCAGGGAUCGCAAUCUUCUUCAGUAUAAUCAGCCUUGUUUUAUUAUUUGUGAUGGAUGUACAUGAACUUAUCGUUUUUAAACAAAUCAAACAAUUUGAUUCUUCUAAAACUCAUUGCGUAAUUGACUUAACUCAACCAAUAAUAGCUACGUAUAAUCGUAUAUCUACGAUUUGUCAUUAUAUUAUUCCAUUUCUGGUACAAGCCAUUUCAAUUAGUCUUCUCAUACUAUUUAUUGCACGAAGUCGCGCGAAGACAACUGGACAUAAACUUACAUUUCGACAAGUAUUGAUGAAGCAAUUUUAUACUCAAAAAGAACUUUAUAUUACACCUACUAUCAUCGUACUAUCAGCCUUACCUCAAAUUAUUUUAUCAACUGUUUUAGCUUGUAAUACAGAACUAAGCAAUUCACAGCGGCAUCUACUUCGAAUCGGUUACUUACUUGCAUUUACUCCUCAAGCAUUGGGCUUCAUUCUCUAUGUACUACCAUCUACUGAGUAUACGAAAGAAUUUUCACAAACAUUUUUAGGUAAAAACCUGUUGAAAAAUCAGUAA